UAAUAUAACGUAACCAUUUUAGGAUAUGAUCAUAUAUAUGUAUAUGUAGUUUAAUGUUAGACCAAAGCGAAAAGUUUCAUUGUCUAAGCAUCUGAGAUGGCUACAGACUUCAAAUCACUUCUACCAGUUAUCGACAUUAGUCCUUUACUAGCCAAAUGUGAUGAUUCCGACAUGAUGGAGGAUGUCGGCGUGGCGGAGGUUGUCGGCAAAAUAGACCGGGCUUGUCGCGAUGUCGGAUUCUUCUACGUGAUUGGUCAUGGAGUUUCGGAGAGUCUUAUAAAGAAGGUGAAAGAGUUGACGCAUCGAUUCUUCGAGCUUCCUUAUGAGGAGAAACUCAAAAUCAAGAUUACUCCGGCAGCUGGAUACAGAGGAUAUCAGAAAAUUGGAGUAAACUUUACGAGUGGGAAACAAGAUUUUCACGAAGCUAUUGAUUGUUACCGAGAGGUCAAGCAAGGAAAGUAUGGGGAAAUUGGAAAGGUCUUGGAAGGACCAAACCAGUGGCCAGAGAAUCCUCAAGAGUACAAGGAGUUGAUGCAUGAGUAUAUUAAGCUCUGCACAGAUCUUUCAAGAAACAUAUUGAGGGGAAUUUCCUUAGCUCUUGGUGGAUCACCUUAUGAGUUUGAGGGGAAAAUGGUGGGAGACCCUUUUUGGGUAAUGCGUAUUAUUGGUUAUCCUGGUGCAAACCAAGAAAAUGAUAUUGGAUGUGGAGCUCACACUGACUAUGGCUUGUUGACGCUUAUAAAUCAAGAUGAUGAUAAAACUGCUCUUCAGGUGAAAAACGUGGCCGGUGAUUGGAUAUCUGCUAUUCCAAUCCCUGGAUCAUUUAUCUGCAACAUCGGUGACAUGUUAGAGGUUUUGUUUGUUCUCUCUCUCUCUACUAAUUCUUUUUCUUUCGUGUCAACAAUUCUUGAAAACUUAUUAUAUAAUUUCGAGGAAUCAACUAUAUACGCAGAUUGUUACAAAAAAAAAAAAAAAAAAAAACUAUAUACGCAGAUACUUUCAAACGGAGUAUAUGAAUCCACACUUCAUAGAGUGAUCAAUAACUCUCCUCGAUACCGUGUAUGUGUCGCAUUCUUCUACGAGACUAAUUUCGACGCAGAGGUGGAGCCAUUGGAUAUCUUCAAAGAGAAGUACAUUGGGAAAGAAACAUCUCAAGUUUCCAAAAGAGUUGUCUACGGAGAGCAUCUGGUUAUCAAAGUCCAGACCACCUUUGCAAAUUUAGUGGGACUCAGUUAGUUUGAUUGGUUGGACUUUGGGUGGCCAUUUUAAUAUCAAUUUCCAAGUUCUAAUAAAAAACAAUUAACUUAGAGUGUAAUUGGAUUUCUAUACUAGAACAUUCUUGGUAAAAGUUCAAAGUUUUAUUUUAUCAA